AUGGCUGACUCAACAUGUGUGGAUGCUCAGGAGGAUCUGACUGAUGAUCAGAUCCAGCAGCUCCUCCUUGAAGCAGAGACUCGACUGCGAGAUUCUAACGCGCUGAGCACCACAACUGAAGAUGCAUCACUUAGGAUUCCAAAAUUGACUCCUGGGUCUUCGCUGGAACCUUACGUCCAUCAGGAAGAUGGUGUUGCUAUUGUCGAUGCUGCGAAGAUCACUGACCAAAAACAGAAGGAGUUGUCCAACUCUCUUCGGUCGGUUGGUAAUAAGAAAGAGGAUACAGAAAAGCCUACCGCUGGACCUGAGUGGUUCAACCUGCCGAAGACAGUCAUGACGCCAGAACUUAAAAGAGAUCUACAGCUCAUCCGGAUGCGCUCCGUACUGGAUCCUAAGCGUCACUACAAGAAAGAGAAUGGGAAGGCCAAACCUCCCGAAUACUCCCAGGUCGGAACCAUCAUUCAGGGUCCCACCGAGUUCUUCAGCAACCGCAUCACUAAGAAGGAUCGCAAGAAGAACUUCGUUGAAGAAACGUUGGCUCUUGAGCGUGACACCAAGCGUUUCCAGUCCAAGUACAGGGACAUACAAGCCAAGAAGUCAAGUGGAAAGAAGUCUUUCUACAAGGACCUGCAGGCAAAGAGAAGCCGGAAGAACAAGUGA